AUGUUUAGGCUUUUGAUUUUGUUAUUGGGACUUGUGCUAACCACCCAAGCUAAUGUUAUACGAGUCAAUGAUAUAUCAGAUGGACGAAUGAUAAAUGCUGACACCACCAAUAUAGAGCAAUAUCCAUAUCUUGUGUCUGUACGUUUGGAUGAUGAGCAUUACUGUGUUGGUAGCAUACUAAGUGAACGUAUUAUAUUAACCGGUGGUAUGUGCCUCUACGGUCAAAGUACUUCUAAGUUAAAUAUUCAAUACGGUAUGACAAAAAUUGGUGGCGACGAAAAUAUUAUUGCUGCAGAAUGUUUCAUUGUAUAUCCACUAUUUAAUCCGGUCAAUUUUGAUUAUAACAUUGGUCUGAUUAUACUAAGUGAUGAUAUACCACUAAGUAGUACAGCACAACCAAUUACUUUAGCUGAAAAUAAUCCCGAUGCCGGAAUCGAAAGCACUUUUAUUAGCUGGGGUUCAGAAACAGAUGAUACUAUAUUGGAAAGAUCUUAUCUUACGACCAUAACAAAUCCUGAGUGCUCUACACAAUGGCCAUUCUUUUUAAAAAUUGAAGAUUAUGUUCUCUGUGCUGGUAUUGGAGACGAAAUGGGCAAUGCUUGUACUGGUGACGGUGCUGCUCCUUUAGUUGUUGAUGGGACAUUAAUUGGUAUGUUGUCGUGGGGUGGUAAUUGUAUGCUACCAGAUCAUUCAGGUGUCUUUACGAGAAUACCAUAUUUCUUGGAUUGGAUUAAUAAUGAACUUUCUUUAUUGUAA